AUGCCACAGAAAAGCUCGAGGAGGAACGCGCCGAGCUCCCACGACAAGCGUCAUGAAGGCGGACUCGCCAAUCCAGGCAAGCGAAUACAGAAACAGCGAUCGAACCCAAGCAUCGACAGCGCUUCAAAUGGGAAAGCCCAGUCGCCCACGCCGCCGCUUCCGCCCGCCGAUGUAAACCAACACCUGCACACUGCCAGCCCGGCCGUCGCUUCCGAUGACACAGCACACGCGACAGUCGCACACAACAAGAUGCCCGUGGUUGAGGCAUCACCGGUACGACCGCAUCCUGAUGCGAGGGCAAGAAACUCCUCAGAAGCCUCUGUCGACGGACCAGACGGCUCCCGUGCUACGGACAUCAACGGAACCACUGAUCCCAUGCCUCAAGGUCCGCAACGCAGGAUGGCAGACGGCUAUGGAGCCAAGUCCUCGACCGCCUACAGAGGCAGCGUCUUCACCUUAGCCACCACUAUCCUGUCGUCCUGUCCUCUGCGCGACGUCAUUGCUAUCCUCAUUCUACUCCUUCAGCUUCCGCCAACCGUCCUUACCAUCAUACACUUACUCUUCACCAUACUCACCUUCGUGCCGCCGUCCUCCGGCGCGAGCAUCGCCUCCCUUCCCGCUUUGAGCGACCUGUCUGUCGGAUCUCCUGGCACACCAUCGGUCACGACAGUUCUCCUGAUUGAUGUCAUCGUGUUCGGACUGUGGAUGUGUAUACCGCUGCCUGCGGAGAACGUCGCGCUCGACUUCGCACAGGCAGCAAUCGCGAUAUCGCUGGGUGGUGCCGCCGCUGGGAAGGGCGGAAUGACGAACAGUAUCGUUCUUUGUACUGUGAUCAUUCUCUUCUCACAUUUCUUCCGUUCCCGGUCUGUCCGCCAGCACAUCCUCCAUGCUGUGUGGACAGCGUUUUCGAAGGGAGGUUUUCAUAUUUUCAACGAACCGACGCUCAUUUCCAGACACCAUGACUCACUUUACGCUACUCACAACCUGGUCAGGGGAUUUUUGGGCGUACAUAUCGCCACGCAGGCGAUCGUGCGGAUGAUAAGACGGUCUUUAUCCCGAAGGGAACCCUCUCAUCCUUCGUCAUCCGGCAAGAAGUUGGAUCCAGAGGCCGCCGCGGCUUUACCGGCUCCACGCGGACAACCUGCAGUCAUUGAUGCCAAUACAGAUGCAUCGAACAGUUCGAGCACAGACGGACGUCCACCUGGGCCGCCUCCUUCUGCAAGAGAUGCAAAAGACAAGCCAAUCAGCAAGGGAAAAAAGAGAAGGCAGGCGAAUCAGGUGCGCAGCCAGCAACCGUUUUGGGCUGCUGUUGCAAGUACAAAAGUCACUGUAUGCAAAGAAAUGGAGCAGAGCCAGUCCGCAACGGACGCCAACGAGGCGAACGCGACGGGCAUGCAACACAUUGGAAACGCGAAUUUCAGGCUAGGGGAGGAUCGUGUUUGGAUUUCAGAGGUGGAAGCUUCGACGGUCUCAUUCGGGUUAAGUUUGAGCAGGCAGACGGAGGUGCAGGAGGGCGAAGAGGUGUGCGUCAAUGUCGCGGGCAUCGACAAGUCGAAGCCAUUCUACGUGCGCUUAAACGGAGCAGGCUGGGGUUCAACCAACAUUCAGCAUGCGGGGCAAAGCGAUUAUCCCGGUGAGGAAAACGUAGACGUCUGGAGUGGUGAGAUUUUUGGCCUCACGCCUCUGACAAGCUAUCUUGUCGAAUUCGUUCGGUUUGCCGGCAGCGAGGUCAUCUUCUCUACACAUCUCAUCACUCAGCCGGCGCCGCACGCAGAUCAAGCUUCGGCCGCCGCACCGCCACCACGACAGUCGCUGCGUCCGUCCUCUCCCACGACAACCGUCAAAAUGUCCAUCGCAGCCACAGAGCAGAAGGUCCAAGAUGCGCGCAAUCGGUUGAAACGCAACCGCAAGGACCACAAGACCGGCCUCGCUUCUGUCAAGAAAGAAGUCGAUAACCUCAACAACCGCCUGUCUAGCUCCGGAGGCAACGAUGAACGCCAACGCCAACGUGCUAUGCAAUUUAAUCAGAGCAUCCGCCAAGCCGAAGAAACUGCAUCCUCUCUUACCGCACAAAUCGAUGACCUUGGAGAAAUCCCUGCAGACGAAGUCAACGACUCCGCCGCCAAGCGCCGCAGCUGGCAGCAAGCUACCGAAGCCCGCGACUCCGCUGCCGAGGACCUGGAUCGUGUCAAAGCAGAUUCAGACCGGCAGAGCUCAGCUAUCCAGUCCGAAAUCAACGCCGCCCUGCAGAAGCGCGACCGGCUCCAGGCCCGGCAGGAGAAGCUAACAGAGCAGCACGACCGCCUCUGCGAGCUAAACGCCCAGGACCUCAAGGCCAAGGAACUCAGAGCCACCAGCCGCGCCCAGAAGCGCGCCGUCCACGCAGCCGAGGAGAAAAACAUGGUGCACACCAUCGAAAGCAUGCGCGUCGAGAUCACCCGCAUCUACGAGCACAGGGGACAGAUCGAGCAGCAGAUCCAGUAUCUUGGAGCCAUCUACAGCCAGUCGCAGAUGGCGCACUCCGUGCCGACAACGCCUGAAGGUCCGCUGCCAGGCACGACCAGCAAUCGCGCAUUUGGCGUCGGCUUCCAGUUCCCGGCUACGGUGCCAGCUCAGUACGCGGGUCAACCUGCUGCGUCGUCGUCUCACCUCCGUGAAGGCCGCGGCCGCUCUUCGUCCAUGUUCUCGAAUGCCUCCGGGUAUACGGACCAGCUCGAUGAAUUGCCGGCUCAGCCCCAGCUCCCCAUCAGCCCGCCCGCGGCGUCCGUCUACGCGAAUACCAACGGUGCCCAACCGGUCAAUCACGCCAACUGGAACGGUAAUGGCGCGGGCAGGAACGGCAGCGUGGAGAGCGGCAGUGGCAGUACGAGCUCGAACGCCAGCCAGAGGGAUGCGAUGAGUCCGCCGCAGAAGACGGUGGGGCCGAGUCCGCUGAGUCCGAUCGGUACGGUGGCUUCGAGAGGUUAG